AUGCAAAGAUGGCUUUACAUAAAUGGGCCUACAGACAGAAAGGCUCAACCUUAUCCAAGGCCCACUUAUUUUACAAACAUUUCUGGGCCACAGAAAAGAACCAGCUCCUCCCCUGAAAAAAACCUUGUCUCCUCCGCCACACACUCUCGCUCUGUUCUCCUCGAGCUCACCUCCACCCUCUCCCGCGCGCUGCUCCUCCCGCCACACGGCCGCCGCCGCUCCAUGCUGCUCCCAAUGCGCCGCCCCCCGGCGGCCCCUUCCCGCCCGUCCUUCCCUCCGCACGUUUCCUCCCUCGUGCUCCGGCGACAGCUGCACGGUCGGGCGGGGGGCGAAUUCGAGCUCCGGUUCAGACAGAUCGACCGGGUCCGGCUAUGCACGGUGGCGCGAGCGAGCCCGGUGGAGGCGGACGCCUCCGCCGCAGGGUUCGGCCGCCGCGCGAUCGUCGGGGUGGUGCUCGCCAUGUCCCUCUCCGCGCCCGCCUACUACAGAGCCCCGCCUCCAUCGUCUGCGCUCACGGAGGAGAACUUGAUUUUCCUCGAGGCGUGGCGGGCGGUCGACCGUGCCUACUACGACAAGUCCUUCAACGGGCAGAGCUGGUUCAGGUACCGAGAGCGCGCUCUCCGCGAAGAGCCGAUGAAUUCCCGGGAGGAGACAUAUGCAGCAAUAAAGAAAAUGCUCUCAACCUUGGAUGACCCGUUCACUCGUUUCUUGGAACCCGAGAAGUUCAAGAGUUUGCGGUCUGGCACGCAAGGUGCCCUCACGGGUGUAGGUUUAUCCAUUGGCUACCCACUGGCGCUCAAUGGAUCACCUGCAGGACUGUCUGUGAUGUCAGCAGCCCCAGGGGGUCCUGCCGAAAAGGCUGGCAUCAUCUCUGGAGACGUUAUUUUGGCGAUUGACGACAGAAGCGCGCAAGACAUGGACAUAUAUGACGCAGCAGAUCGCUUACAGGGUCCUGAAGGAAGCUCGAUAAAUUUGACCAUUCGCAGUGGAGCUGAUACUAGACAUGUUGUUUUGAAGAGAGAAAGAUAUACUUUAAACCCAGUAAGGUCAAGGAUGUGUGAGAUUCCAGGUUCAGAGGACAGUUCAAAGAUCGGUUACAUCAAACUAACAACGUUUAACCAAAAUGCUGCAGGAUCUGUUAAGGAAGCUAUUAAGAAAUUAAGGGACAACAAUGUAAAGGCCUUUGUGUUGGAUCUGCGGAAUAACAGCGGUGGUCUUUUUCCUGAAGGGAUUGAAAUUGCGAAGAUUUGGAUGGACAAGGGUGUCAUUGUAUAUAUAUGUGAUAGCCGUGGUGUCCGUGACAUUUAUGAAGCAGAUGGAGCUACCACGAUUGCUGCAUCAGAACCUCUAGUUGUCCUGGUAAACAAAGGAACCGCAAGCGCAAGCGAAAUCCUUGCUGGAGCACUAAAAGACAACAAGAGAGCAGUUGUCUAUGGGGAACCAACAUAUGGAAAAGGAAAGAUCCAGUCAGUGUUUGCGCUUUCUGAUGGCUCAGGGUUAGCCGUGACAGUGGCACGCUAUGAAACACCUGCUCAUACGGACAUCGAUAAGGUUGGUGUGAUUCCUGAUCGCCCAUUGCCUGCGUCGUUCCCAACCGACGAAGAUGGCUUUUGCAGCUGCCUCAAGGACCCUGCUUCUCCUUGCAACCUUAACGCUGCACGGCUGUUCGCGAGAUCAUGACCUAAUCACAUUGCAAUGAGCAGCUGUGUGUCGUUCCCAACUGACAAAGAUGGCUUCUGCAGCUGCCUCAAGAACCCUGCUUCUCCUUGCAACCUUAACGCCGCACGCCUGUUCGCGAGAUCAUACCUGAUCACGUUGCAAUGAGCAGCUGUGCUCUCCACAUUUUGGGCUUCUGGUAGUUGGGUGCGUUUUUGUUCAUAUAGGCGUUUCUCUAAUUUGGGGUGCGUUGCUGAUCAAAUUCUUUUUGUUGUAAACUAAUGGUGUGUCUCCAAGGAGAAAACUGUUAACUGUA